UCGGUGAUUGGCGGGCCGGGGGGAAGUAGCUGGCCGGCUCGGGGGCAGGCAGGGUAAGAUGGCGGCGGUGCUGGAGGUGGAGAUUGGCGGCCCCGUCGAGCGGGACGUGGAGGAGGUUGAUCUAUCACGACUGUCCCCCGAAGAGAGAUGGAGGGUCGAGCAUGCUCGGAUGCACGCCAAGCACCGUGGCCACGAGGCCAUGCAUGCCGAAAUGGUCCUCAUCCUCAUUGCCACGCUAGUGGUUGCACAGCUCCUCUUGGUACAGUGGAAACAGAGACAUCCUCGCUCCUACAAUAUGGUGACCCUCUUCCAGAUGUGGGUUGUUCCCCUUUAUUUCACUGCAAAGCUGCACUGGUGGCGAUUCCUGGUGAUCUGGGUCCUCUUCUCUGCUGUCACAGCCUUUGUCACUUUCAGAGCAACUCGUAAGCCUCUUGUGCAGACAACUCCGAGGCUGGUCUAUAAAUGGUUUCUGCUGAUAUACAAGAUCAGCUAUGCCACUGGAAUUGUUGGGUACAUGGCUGUAAUGUUCACUCUUUUUGGUCUUAACUUGUUAUUCAGAAUCAAACCCGAAGAUGCAAUGGAUUUUGGUGUUUCCCUCCUGUUCUACGGCCUUUAUUACGGAGUACUUGAGAGGGACUUUGCUGAAAUGUGUGCGGAUUACAUGGCAUCAACCAUAGGGUUUUACAGCGCAUCAGGAAUGCCAACGAAGCACCUUUCUGACAGCGUCUGCGCCGUGUGUGGCCAACAGAUCUUUGUAGAUGUUAACGAAGAAGGGAUCAUAGAGAACACAUACAGGCUUUCCUGCAAUCAUGUAUUCCAUGAGUUCUGCAUCCGAGGCUGGUGCAUCGUUGGGAAGAAACAGACGUGUCCGUACUGCAAAGAGAAGGUGGAUCUCAAGAGAAUGUUUAGUAACCCCUGGGAAAGGCCCCACGUCAUGUACGGGCAGCUGCUUGACUGGCUACGCUACCUGGUGGCCUGGCAACCCGUUAUCAUUGGACUGGUACAAGGUAUCAACUAUAUCCUGGGGCUGGAAUAAAUCCUGAGCAGCCAGUGAGCCGUGGACAUCACAGCAGGACUUCGACAGCAGUGGCGGAGGGCAGCAGCUGGCCAGGAAGACUUGCUUGCAUCAUUCACCUCUCAGGAUCUUACACGCCCACAACACGUCUCCGGGGACUAAGGGAAAGACUUGGCACUGGCCAGCUCCCAGCAAAGCGGGUUUAUGCUGGGGUGGGGGAAGGGUAUUCUUUUUUAAAACAAUUAUUUUAAAUGAGCAUAUUUAAAACUUUAUAUUGCAGAUUAAAAAGGAAAUUAAUGUUUGUCCCA